AUGAACACAUACGAGGAGCACGAUGACGAGGCGCUCAGCCAGUACAUCAUCCAGCUCAGCAUUGAGGAGUCCUGUCAGGAAGCCUUCCUCAAGUCUUCUGCAAGCUUACAAGCUCCGACGGAUGAAAACCUCAGAGUCCUGGCAGCCAUCGAGCAAGGUGAGGUCUCGGUUCUCCGGCAGAUGCUGGGCCACGUCUUUGCCUUCAGGGAAUCGGACACCUGUGGCUGGUUUCCCAUCCAUCGAGCUGCUUCCCAGCCCGUCCCGGAAGUCCUGGAAAUCAUCCUGAGACUGUCCUCUGAGGGUCUCAGUCUGGAGGACAGGACGUCCACAGGAGGAGAGACGCCGCUGACUCUGGCCGUCAGAGGAGGACUGCUGCAGAACGUCAAGCUGCUGCUGGAGCACGGCGCCGUGCCGCACAACACCAACAGCAAGAACGAGUCUCCACUGCUGCUGGCGGUGAGGGCCGCCUCCUACCAGAUGGCGCGUGCGCUGGUGGCUCACGGCGCCUGGGUGGAGCAGGCCUGCCGCAAGAGCUGGACGGCCACGCACGAGGCGGCCAGGGUGGGCGACGCCGACAUCCUGAUGCUGCUGCUCCGGAACGGCGGGCGGGUCAACCAGCGAGACGCGACGGGGGCCACGCCGCUCGCCGUGGCCGCCGAGCACGGACACUUUCACGUGGCCGAGAUUCUGCUGAACUGCGGCAGCAGAGUCAACUCUCAGGCUCUGAACGGGGAGAGUGUCCUGCUGGAUGCUGCUGGUUCUGGAAACACUGCCUGCAUUCAGCUGCUGCUGGACAACGGAGCCGACCCCAACCUGGCCAGCAGCGGCGGCCAGCUGCCCAUCCACAAGGCGGCGUACGCAGGACACUAUGACGCUCUGAAGAUGCUGAUCCCUCUCACCAAUAAGAAGAGCAUCAAGGAGGCGGGCCGCAGCCCGGUCCACUCGGCUGCAGAGGGAGGCCACACCCGCUGCCUGCGGCUGCUGCUCGCCCACGGCUUCGACGUCAACUACCGCAUGAACAACAGGAACUCCGAAAACUACCGCGACUCCAGGAGAAGCGCGCUGUACUUCGCCGUCUCCAACGGGGACGUGGAGUGCACCAAGAUCCUCCUGGCGGGGGGAGCGAAGACCGACCUGGACCCGCUGUGCUGCCUCCUGGUGGCGGUUCGAUCCGGCCGCUACGACAUCGUGAAGCUGCUGCUGGCGGCCAAAGCCAACGUGAACUGCUUCUUCACGGUGGUGAGCGACACGGUGUUCCCCACCGCGUUGCAGUACUGCCUGAAGGACGAGGUGAUGAUGAGGCUGCUGCUCAACAACGGCUACAGGGUGGAGAGCUGCUUCCUCUGUCACCAUGACGACCACGGCCAUCCAGAGGACGACACGGACAGCAAAAUCCCUUUCUGCGACUUCAUGAGCCUCUGCUGCCUGGUGCACCUGGCCGGGACCGUGGUCCGGACCCUUCUGGACUACGUCAGUCGAGUCCACAUCUGCUCCAAGCUGAGGGGCAUCCUGGAGAGACAGCAGGAGUGGCCGGAGGUCCUGCAGAUGCUCAGUGAGCCUCGGGCCCUCACUCAUCUGUGUCGACUGGAGAUCAGGAAGCGUCUGACGCUGAGGAAGCUCAACAACCCGGAGGUGAUGAACUCUGGACUGUUCCCCCCCGGGCUGAAGGGCUUCCUCCUGUACGAGGAGCUGGACCUGUACAGCCGGGACCCUGAACGCACCACGUGA